AUGGAGGUAGAAGCAAGCACUACUUCGAAGUCAGUGGCCGUCAAUGGAUCGGAGGCCAUGGAGACCGACACCGAGGGAUCUGUCAUCAAGAUCGGCCAGGAGAACAAGGACGGCUCGAAGCCGAUGGCCAGCUCCAGUGCCUCGGUUGCUGUGCCGACCAUUGCCGUCUCCCUUCACCCGCUGGUGAUCAUGAACGUCUCCGAGCACUGGACUCGACUUCGCGCUCAGCAGGAUCCCAGCUCGACGGAGAAGAUCAUCAUCAUCGGCGCCUUCAUCGGCAAGCAGAAGGGCCGAAACAUCGAGAUUAUGAACUCAUUUGAGCUCAAGUUUGACCUCGUCGAGACAAAGGUUGUCCUCGACACUGACUACUACCGUACAAAGGAGCUGCAGUUCAAGCAGGUCUUUCCCGAUUUAGACUUUCUCGGCUGGUACACAAAUGGCGAUGAGCCGACGGACUCGGACAUGUCGGUUCACUAUCAGAUCAGCAAUGAAAUUCACGAGAGUCCGCUCUUUCUCAAGCUGAAUCCACUGGGUCGUCAAACUUCGCUUCCCAUAAAGCUGUACGAGUCGGCCAUCGAGGUGAUCAACUGCAUCCCCACGAUGUACUUUGUCAAUAUUCCCUACUCACUGGCCACUGAAGAGGCCGAGCGUAUUGGCCUCGACCACAUGGCUCGAAUGACCUCCACGGCUAACAACAGCGAGAACGGCAACUCUGCGGCCACUGACCACCUUCGCGUGCAGUACAACGCCGUGAAGAUGCUGCGCAAUCGAGUUCGACUGAUCCUCGACUACAUCAAGGACACCAAGAGCGGAAAGAUACCGGUCAAUCACGAGGUGCUCCGGGAAAUAUUCAACCUCUGCCACCGCAUGCCGAUCAUCAGCUCAGACGGCUUCAAUGAGGAGUUUUUCGUGCAGUCCAACGACGUCGCCCUGCUGACGUACCUGGGCGCUCUCACCAAAUGCUCCAACACCAUCAACCAGUUUGUCAACAAGUUUAGCACUCUCAUGGAACGCCAAUCACUGGGACGUCGUGUGCGUUUGUACUAG